AUGGAUGCUGGAAUUGAGAAUGAACUGAAACAUGAAAGUUUAAGAAAUCUUCAACUGAUAAUUAAUGAUCGUCAGGUUUUCCAACCCGGAGAGAAGUUAACAGGUGUUGUUCAAUUAUCUACAACCAAAGUGUUGCAUGCUAGAAGACUGUUUGUCAAAAUUUGUGGUCAGGCUUACGUGAAAUGGACAGAGUCACGCCAGUUGGAAACAACGGAAUUUGUUAACUGCGAGAAUUAUCUCAACGAUAGCAGAGUUCUGUUAGAAUUUGGAGUGAAUAAUAAUGAUUUUGAAACAUUAUUACCGGGUAAUAAUCAGUUUCCAUUUAACUUUGUGAUUCCUCCAUCUCAUUUACCGUCAUCGUUUUAUCAUGGCUGGCACAAGAAAGAUUAUGCUGCUAUACGUUACUGGAUUAGUGCUAGUAUUUGUCUUAGUAAUAACGAAGAACUCACAGUUACACAGGAAUUCUAUCUUAAAGAAACUGCAGACUUGACUAAAGCUUCACAUCUUCAAGAACCCAAAACAGUGUCGGCUGAGGAAUAUAUUACUUGGUGUUGUUUUAAAACCGGCCCAGUUACGACGAAUAUGGAGAUCAACCGCUCUGCUUAUCACCCUGGGGAUGAUAUUUUGAUAACGGUUAGUAUCAACAGUGCUCUAAGUUCAUUCAACACAGGCAAAGUUGAACUACAACUGGUACAGAGGGUUAACUAUGUUGCGAACUCUGAUUAUACUGCUGAUAUAUGCAGUGGAACAUCUCACGAGGACAUCCUCGAGAGGGAACACUGGAGCAUGGAGAAAAAUCUUCUUUUGUCGGCAAGUGUAGCUUCACGAAGGGAAAUAAAUUGGGAUAACGUACGUUUGAAAAUACCCAAAGCAAUUGUACCUACAAUAUCAUGCAGUAAAUGUAUACAACUGUCCUACUUUGUUCAAUUAAGAGUAUCAUUUCGCGUUACUGAGGAUUGUAUUAUACGAAUACCGAUAAUAAUCAUUUGUAAACCAAGAGAUAAUUCUUUUCAUGAGACACGGACUGAAUCUGGGGAUGAAAGUUCAAGGACUCAAGAUACAAACGUGGAGUAA